CUACCGCCGGGGGGUCCAAUUUAGCCUCGUUUAUCCUUCGACACGCAGGGGGACACAACAGCGGAGGACAGAAAACAAUGUUCAUUCCAUUAGACUGAGAAAGACUGCCAAUCUAAACCUGUGCGAUAUUUUAGAUCAGCGCAGUUUACCUACUCAUCAGUCAUAUUGUCGAUAAAAAGGACAUAUAUUUUUGGGACAUGUAAUAGGAUAUCAAGUAUUGUGUGACCGACACCCACCGAACAGUAAAGGAUGAAAUAAGGAUGAGCCCACCAGGGCUGUAGACGCGCCCCAGCUGGAGACAUGUUCUAAGAGCAGCAGCAGACCUGCACUGUGGCCACCAUGAAAGGGUUAGGUGCCAAUCGCAGCCGUCACCUGUCGGACUCUUGUGAGCCAUCGGGGGGCCCCCAGAAGCCCCUGUACCCCUUGACCGCUGAUCCCCAUGGUCCCUUCCUCCUGAGCCCCACCAUGAACCACUACGGCACCUUGGACCCCCACCAACUCCACCACUACCAGGCCUCCAACCCCCAACCCCUGCCUCCGGAGUGCCUACUGCCCCUGAACCAGAUGUCCAACAGCAGCACCUUCCCCCGCCUCCAUGUCACCUCCCAACCGGAACAGUCUGACUACUCCCAGGGCUGCAUGGUCCCUGCCGGGGGCGGAGGUAGGCCUGGUGGCAGCCGGGUGGGCACCCUGUCCACCUCCAUGUCAAUGGGUAUGGGCCUGGGUCUCAGCGGGGCUCCCAUGAUCACAAGUGGAUCAGCUACCAUCUCUUCUGCGGCAGCGGCCAAGAUGAACCGGCUGCCAUCUAACCUGUUAGACCAGCUGGAGAAGCACCUGCCCCUGCAGAGGGAUGGCUUCAGUACCCUCCAGUUCCACCGGGGUAGGGUGGCCAAGCAGCGCAGCGAGAGUCCCGGACGGAUCCGCCACAUCAUGCACUCUGUCCAGAAGCUAUUCAACAAGUCCCAGUCGCUGGAGGGCUCGGUGGUCAAGGGCAACAUGAACAGCACUACAGGGGGAGGUGAGGAGGGGACCAGGCAGACCUGCAGGAGUAAGAGUAAAGACAGGGCUAAGACUGAGACGCUGAAGCAGCAACCUAGCAGGCAAAAUGCACUGGGGCUUUGGAGCUCAGACGAUGCCCUGGAUAGUGACACAACCACCAAAGUUGGCCCUAUCGCCGUGGGCUACCGUAACCCACUUAGCAUGAUGACGCUGGGCAGGGCGGUGUCUGACAGCCAGGCUCCUCCCAGGCAACUCCCACAUGGUUACAACACCAUCUCUGCCCACACACUCAAAGCCUCCAAGAGCAGCAGCGACCUCAAGUACCUGACAGGGACCAGGGGAGGGGAGCUGGUGGGAGGAGGAGGCAGAGAGAGCACCCUGGUGAAGCGAGGCUCCUGGUCCACCCUGACCCUCAGCCAGGCCAGGCAGGUGCUCCAGAAGGGUUCAGCCACUGUCAACAGGACGCUGCUCAAAUCCAAGUCGUGUCACCAGGACCUGACCUGUCAGUACCUCCAGGUAGGAGGCCCAGUUCCACUGGGGGACUGGAGUGCUACGCUGGGGGGCCGGGGCCGGCCCAGGGGCCUUGAGAUCCCCUGCCGGAGGAUGCGUAGUGGCAGCUACGUCAAGGCUAUGGGGGACAUGGACCAGGACAGCGAGGACUCAGAGGGAAGUCCUAAACCCUCGCCCAAAAAAGCCGCCCGCCGCCAGAGCUACCUGAAGGCCACCCAUCAGUCCCUGAGCGAGCAUCAGCCUCCACCACCACACAAUUGUCUCCCCUCCCUGAGAGAACUCUCCACCAAUCGGAGCCUGGACAACCUGGACUGCCUGGUGAGCCCGUGCGAGCCCCCGAUGGCCAUGCGGCACUGGGACGAUCGCAGAGACUACCACCAAGGCUAUGCUACCCUGGGCAGGGCCAUGAUGAGCAGUGGUCAGGUGUGUGGGCAGGGCUGUGGGCGCUCGCUGUACUGCGAGGCGGAGUCCCAGGCGGUGGAGGCUCUGGACCUGCCCACACCGACGUACUUCCGCUCCCGCAGCCACAGCUACCUGCGGGCCAUCCAGGCUGGCUGCUCCCAGGAUGAGGACACCGCCUCAGUGGACUCUGAUUCACCUCCACCCACCACCACCGGCUGCACCCAUAUCUCCAGCACCACACUCCCUAGGUGUGUAAGCAGCUCCUGUAAGAAGGGCCCACCACCGGUACCUCCGCGCACCACCUCCAAGCCCUACAUCUCUGUGACGGUGCAGAGCAGCACAGAGUCGGCCCAGGACACAUACCUGGACCAACAGGACCACCGCAGCGAGGCCAACAGCCAAUCAGGACGCAGCAACUCAUCCGAUAGCCUCUGCAGCCUGCGUACAGGCAGCCUGGCCAAGGGCUCUCAACCCCGGGCCCUAGCCCCCGUCACUGCCCCUGUCCCUGCCCCAAGGGACUCCCACCCACUUCCCUUCUUCAGCACCACCACAAGUACUGGCACCCAGGUUGAGCCCCAGAAUGACACUCUAAACCCAGGCCCCAGCCUCACUCCAGACCAGUCCCUAACCCUUCCAGAGCCUGUUCCCACAAAGAGGAAGCUCUCGUCUAUCGGCAUCCAGGUGGACUGCGUUCAGCCAAUCCAGAGAGAGGUUCAACCGCCCCCCUCGACCAAGUUCCAGUCUAUUGGAGUGCAGGUGGAGAACGGCAGGCCACUCAGCCGGGCCAGCAGCAUGGCCUCCAGACAGAACACGGAGACAGAGCCUCAGGACUCGCAACAAGACGCCCAUCCCUCAGAAAACAACAGUAGAGCCAACUGCAACAGCCAGCCGGUAGAUCCCGCCCCCGCUGCCUCCAACGGUGAGGAUAGCGCGAUGGCAUGGCAUCCCCCCAAACAUGCCCCAGUCCAGGCCAGAGUGUCUGCCUCCCCCCCAGAGAGAUUGGACCCGGCCCUGGACCCCUCCUCCCUGCCCCCUCCAGACCCCAGCUUGGAGAGUGGCAGUGUCCAGGGAGAUGCAGCCCAGCCCGGCACGCCCACCUGCCUCCGGGAUGGCAACUGGUUCCUCAAACUACUACAGGCUGAGACGGCACGUAUGGAGGGCUGGUGUCAACAGAUGGAGCAGGAAACCAAAGACAAGGACAUCUCAGAGGAGGUGAUGGGGACGGUCCGCAGUGCAGUGGGCAGUGCCCAGCUCCUCAUAGCCCAGAAGUUCCAGCAGUUCAGAGGACUCUGUGAUGAGAACCUGAAUGUGAAUGCCAACCCUCGGCCCACAGCCCAGGAUCUGGCGGGGUUCUGGGACCUCCUGCAGCUCUCUGUAGAGGACAUCAGUGUCAAAUUUGACGAGCUCUGGCAACUCAAGGCCAACAACUGGCAGCUGCCAGAGAAGAAGGGGGAGAGGAAGGUUGUUCCCCCCUCUGUGCCAAAGAAGACGUCCAAGCUGACCCCUGGGAAGGACCGGAGCGUGGACUCUGUGGUGGACAAGCAGCGGCAGGAGGCCAGGAAACGCCUGAUGGCGGCCAAACGCGCGGCGUCGGUACGACAGAACUCUGCCACGGAAAGCUCAGACAGCAUUGAGAUUUACGUCCCCGAGGCCCAGACACGCCUCUGAGAACAGACCGCCACCGGCACUCUGCUCCCCCAUGAAGGAACAGCCUCUCUCACCCAUAUAUAUAUAUAUAUAUAUAUAUAUAUAUAUAUAUAUAUAUAUAUAUAUAUAUAUAUAUAUUUAUAUAUACAUAUACAUAUACACACACACACACACACACACACACACACACACACUGCUCCCCAUGAAGGAACAGCCUCACACCCAGGGGUACAGAGCCCGGUCCCCUAAUGGCAGCGCAGCAUACAAUCAGAGUAGAACCCAGGAGAGCACAGGCAUGCUAAAAAUACAGAACAAUGCAAAACCACUUCCUUCCUGGCUGCCAUGGAGAUGGAGACCUCAACAGACAUUUAAUACUAUUGUUAUUACUAUUAAUAUUAUAAUUAUUAUUAUCUCCUCCUGAAAUACAUCAAGACUGUCUUAAAUGUGCAUCUUGGAUAAAAGGACAUCCUUAUUCCUUGUCAGCUGAAGAAUCUUGGUAUCCCAGAAGUUUACUCUCUUCUCACCCCCUCACUUCUUCUGAGUCUGCGAGCUGGGCUGGGCUAGUCCAGGCAGCCUCUCUCGUUUACCACACACACUCAGGAUACACACAGGUGUACUCAUUCACUGUCCACACAGUCUUCCUAUUUUCUCUUUGUAUUAGGCUGCCACUCCAUUGGUUGUGGACGAUAAGCUUUACUCUGUAUGGAAUCUAUAUGAGAUGGUGUUGUCGUGUACUAAGGAAGACCGUAGCAUUCUAUCUAUCUCAAACUGGUUACCAUAAUAGUUUUGUAAAUGUUCUUUACCAGAUUGUUUGUUAGACAAGGUCCAGUGUUCAGUACUAAGGUAGUUUUUCUAUAGACCAAGUACAUGUACUGUCAUGAUGAUAUUCGCACAUGAUGCAAUCAUUCUCUCUCUCUCAUAAACACGCACUAUGCUGUCUGUCAGUGUCUGUGCAGACUCAUGUUUUAUGUCUUCUAUGCCCUUUUGAGGGAAGAAGAGAGAUUACCAGGGCCAGCUGAUGUGCGCUAAGGUAGGAAUGUAAUAUGCAUUGAAAAUAACUUGAUAACUGCACCUUUCACGCCACCUGUUUACCAGGUUACUUUACCCAUAUUUGUUGCAGGGGACCAUGAGGUAUUGUGCACCACUUAAUUACAACAUUCCCUGUUUCCUACUCAACCUCCAGUACAUUUGAAUCAGAAAGUGGAAUCAACUAUAAGCUCUCCUUUUUUCCUGAUUACCUAGACUGGUUUAUUUUCAGCGGCGUUGGCCAGAGCUCUGCCAGUGGUUUUGGGAGACAACUCGUAUAAGCAAUAAGUAAAAUGGGAUGUUUGACCUAGCGAUGUAAAAAUGAUUCUGAUGCCCCGUCAAAAAGCAACAACCCCUAGCCCCUAAAUUUUCAGUGUUCUCAGAUCUGAAGUGAUAGGUGAAAGUCAAACAAUAUGUGAUGAGUCUACCUUGUCUUACAAUGUUCCAUGAGGAGCUUCAACUAUUCUUCUUCCUCCUGUCUAAUGCUUAGGCUAUAAGCUAUUUUCUCCAGGUGAGCCCGCAGUCACUUAACAAGCCAACAGUCGAACAAAUCAUAACAGCGCUUUGGUCAUCAUACACCAUUAAUAACCACUACUUCAUUGGUCAAAGCCUUAACACCAACUGUCAAAUUAAUAAUUAUCCAAAAGAAUGACAACAUAGCAUUUCUUAGUUUCUAAUGUAUGCUAUGUAUCACUUAUCUGUGCAUUGAAAAGGUCUAAGAAUCAAAACGUUUCAGACUAUACUCGAGAUGAAUUAAUGUACUCUUAUUAUGGUGUCUGGCUGGCAGUUUGACGUCUUAUUCCUGUGUACAGACAGAGGCACAUUGUGGAGAUAAUUUUUUUAAACAUUUUGUAUGAGACAUUUUCUGUGACUGGUUUGAAUUGACCAUGCAGUCAGCCAAAAACCACUAGACUGUUUUGACCUGUGCCACAGGUUAUAUUGGUCUUUUUCUGGAUUUGGAGAGAAUUGAUGGUGCUUUAUAGGAUUGUACUGUGGUGUGGAGUUUGAAUGCCUUCUUAGAGAAACAUGUCAGCAUCAUUGAAAAAGAGGUGUAUUCACACUAUCACACUACAGCAUACAUGUGUAUAUGAGCUUUCAGCUUUGCAUUUCUCGUAACAUGAGUCAUUUUUCUCAUGAAUUGCCAUGUUCCACUCAUUCGCUGAAUUCCAACUCAACCCUCUAGCCUAGGCACUCCUGUUAGAUCUGAAAUGAUUGGAUCGGUAUGGAGAAAUUCCACCCAGUCUGUCAGAACUAAAGAACCUCUGAUCAGAAGGCAAAGUGCCGCGAUUACGUUAUUGCACAAAGCUAUGCGAGGGAUUGAUUUGGAAUUUUGAAAAAUAUCUGCAAUUUCAGGAUCUCAAUGCAACUUGUCCCCUUGAAGAGCUGGCUCUCCUCCUAAAUGGCUAACACCUGUGCCACAACAAGGCUGCCCUCAAAGUGCUCGUGUGAUCCACAGUCAGUUUUGUAUUUUUAGCUCAUAAUGUAAAAUAUGGCAAUUAGUAGAACUGGGAAAGCAGCUGAUGCAGGAGCACCAGUAUGUUAAUUAUUGUUUGUUUAUUUGUAAUACAUCAAAUACGGAUGUGUACAUUUCAUUGUCCAAAGAAAUCAUUAAACAUCCCUUUGUUACA